UCUUCCUUCUAUAAAAAACCCACCAUCUAUUGCCUUUGCCUCAGAAAAAUUGCUUCCCCUUGUGAAGCUUCUGACCAGAAGGCCAAAAAUGGAGUUGUUCUUUCUUAUUGCCUUAACCAUUUUCAUUAUCAUUGUUACUUUCCCAAUUGUUGCUCUCUUGCACAGGCCAAGUUUCACUAACCUCCCACCAGGCAAGAUGGGCUUGCCAUACAUAGGAGAGAGCCUGGAAUUCCUUUCCACAGGAAGAAAAGGUCAUCCUGAAAAGUUUAUAUCAGAUAGAAUGGCCAGAUACUCUCCUCAACUUUUCAGGACUUCAAUUCUCGGUGAACAAACCGCAGUCGUCUGUGGUGCUCAAGGCAAUAAGUUCUUGUUCUCUAAUGAGAACAAGCUUGUCACUGCUUGGUGGCCUAAUUCAAUAUUGAAACUCUUCCCUUCCUCUGCUCAUAGCUCUAUCCAAGCAGAAGGUAUGAGAAUGAGAAAGAUGUUACCUAACUUUCUCAAACCUGAGGCCUUGCAGAGAUACAUAAGUGUAAUGGAUUCGAUGGCACAAAGACAUUUUGAGGACUUCUGGGAAGGGAAGGAACAAGUGACUGUAUAUCCACUUGCAAAGUUUUAUACUUUCACAGUUGCUUGUAAAGUGUUCCUGAGCAUGGAUGAUUCAAAACAUGUCACCAAGUUUGCUACUCCUUUCAAUGAUAUGGCCUCAGGAAUCAUUUCCAUUCCCAUUGAUUUGCCUGGAACAUCUUUCCAUCGCGGAAUCAAAGCCUCAAAGAUUAUCAGGAACGAGAUGUUGGCAAUGAUCAAGCAAAGGAGGAAGGAUCUUGCUGAGAAUAAAGCUUCUCCAAUGCAAGAUAUACUUUUACAUAUGUUGGUAGCAACUGAUGAAGAUGGGCAGCGCUUGGGGGAUGUUGGGAUAGCUGAUAAGAUCAUCUCUCUGCUCAUUGGAGGCCAUGACACAGCAAGUGCUACCAUCACUUUCGUGGUCAAGUUUCUUUCUGAGCUCCCUGAGAUCUACAACAAUGUUCUGAAAGAGCAAUUGGAGAUUUUAAAAUCAAAAGCACCAGGGGAGUUAUUGAACUGGGAAGACAUCCAGAAGAUGAAAUACUCAUGGAAUGUGGCCUGUGAGGUGAUGAGAUUAGCCCCACCUCUACAAGGUUCCUUCAGAGAAGCCUUACAUGACGUCAACUAUGCUGGCUUCUCCAUUCCAAAGGGAUGGAAAUUAUAUUGGAGCACACAUACAACACACAAGAAUCCUCAAUACUUUCCACAACCUGAAAAAUUCGACCCUUCAAGAUUUGAAGGAUCAGGACCGGCACCUUACACAUUUGUUCCAUUUGGAGGAGGGCCAAGAAUGUGCCCUGGAAAAGAGUACGCAAGAUUGGAAAUACUAGUUUUCAUGCAUAAUAUAGUGAGGAGGUUCAAGUGGGAGAAAGCGAUUCCUGAUGAAAAAAUUGUUGUAGACCCCAUGCCAAUACCUGCUAAAGGGCUUCCAGUUCAUCUCUAUCCUCAAAAACACGAGUAAUUUGUCCAAAAAGAAUGGCUUCUGUCUUGUAACUCCUGCAAACAGCAAUCCCUUCUGUAUAAGCAUGAUCCUAAUAAUUCCUAUUGGCUUGAAACUCUAUUCAUAUGGUUAAAUUUACUUGCAUUUUCUCCUUCCCCUUUAAUGAAUUCCAUUGUACAAGUGAAUGAAAGUUAAUAUUUUCUAAGAA